GCUCCGCGUGUCGCGCGGGCACUGGACCAAUGACUGCCCAGGACAGGGGCAUUUCCUGCGGCCCGCUCCGGCGGGGCGGGGCUCCCGGUCCCAUGAGGAGGACGUCAUCCGCCUGCGCCGGGCUGGUCUUACCCGGGCUGUGGGGCUUUGAACAGGGACUUGGAAAGGCAGGGCACCUUUCUGAGGCCAGAGCGGAGACGGUGGUGUGGACCGUAGGUCCGUCCUCGUGUCUUUGUAUGAGCCUGACACCCGUCCCUCGUCCUCCGUAACGGGGUGUCACGUGAGCGCCUGCGGGGCGCGGGGCUCUCUCUCUGCAGCCCCGGCGCGACGCUGAGGGCCUGGGGCGCGUUUCACACUGGGGAAACUGAGGCUCGGGGUGCGACAGUCAGUCGAGGUCACCCCGCACUGGGCAGCGAAAAGGUGGCAACCCCUCGGCCGCUGCCCCACGGGCCCUGCUCUGUGCACAGGGCCCCAUGAUGGCGGCUGCGUGGACGGACCCCAUAUGGAUGCCUGUGACCUUCGAUGAUGUGGCCGUGACUUUUACCCGGGAGGAGUGGGGGCAGCUGGACCCAGCCCAGAGGACCCUGUACCAGGAAGUGAUGCUGGAGACGUGUGGGCUCCUGGUCUCUCUGGGCUGUCCUUUGCCCAAACCAGAGCUGAUCUACACCUUGGAUGACAGCCCAGAGUUACGGACAUCGAAGAGAGGCCUCUCCCCUAACUCCUGCCCAGGUGACACCACAAAACCUGAGACCCCAGAGCUUUCCCUUUCUCACCUUGCCUUGUCUGAGGAAGUCUCGCCACAGGAACAAAAAGCUUAGCAGGCUCUGGGGGGCUCCCAGUUGGGGCAAGGCAAGAGUCAGGAUUGGCCAUCGGAAAUGCUGGAAGGCCAGUUGAAACCAGGGAUAGACCCCCAAACGGAGAAGCUCCCUGGGAACAUGAAGCCUAAACAUGAUGGUUUAGGGACAGAUGAUGGUCUACACUCAAGGACUGUACAGCAGCUGAUACCUGCAGGACAUAUUCUCCGCGGUUAUGACUCACAGGGACUACUGAAAGAUCCCUUGAUUCACGAAGAGAAAUGUCCCUAUCAGUGUGAGGAACGACGGAAAGUGUUUACCAAGAAUUGCUUUCUUGUGCGACAUGAGCAGAUUUCCACUGGAGCAAAGCCCUAUGAAUGCACCGAGUGUGGGAAAACUUUCAGCAAGAGCACAAACCUCCUGUAGCACCGCAUGAUCCACACAGGGGAGCGGCCCUACGAGUGCGCAGAGUGCAGGAAGGCCUUCAACCGCAGGUCACACCUCACGAGGCACCAGCGGAUUUACACUGGAGAGAAGCCUUAUAAGUGCAGUGAAUGUGGGAAGGCCUUCACCCACCGCUCCAAUCUAGUCUUGCAUAACAGGAGCCACACUGGAGAAAAGCCCUUUGUGUGCAAAGAAUGUGGGAAAGCCUUCCGUGAUAAGACAGGUUUCCUCCGGCACCACAUCAUCCACACAGGAGAGAAGCCCUUUGAGUGCAUGGAGUGCGGGAGGGCCUUCAACCGCCUGUCUCACCUCAUGUGGCACCAGCAGAUUCACACCGGAGUGAGACCCUUUGAAUGCAAUGACUGCAGGAAAGCCUUUUGCGACAGCACGGACCUCAUUCAGCACUAUGUCAUCCACACGGAAGAGAAGCUGUACAAGUGCCUCGAGUGUGAGAAGGCCUUCUGCCGCCGGUCACACCUCAAGCAGCACCAGUGGAGUCACACUGGGGAGAAGCCCUAUGUGUGCGGUGAGUGUGGAAAGGCCUUCACCCACUGCUCUACUUUCAUCUUGCACAAAAGGGCCCACGCUGGAGAAAAACCCUACGAGUGCAAGGAAUGUGGGAAAGCCUUUAGCAAUCGAUCAGACCUCAUCCGACACUUCAGCAUCCACAUGGAGGAGAAACACUACGAGUGCACGGAGUGCAGGAAGGCCUUCAACCGCCGGUCAUACCUCACGAGACACCAGCGGAUUCACAGUGGAGAGAAGCCCUAUGAAUGUGUGGAGUGCGGUAAAGCCUUUUGCCAGAAGGCAAACCUCAUUCGACAUGCUAUCAUCCACACUGGGGAGAAGCCCUAUGAGUGCAACGAGUGUGGAAAGGCCUUUACGUACUGCUACACUUUUAUCUUGCACAAAAGGGCUCACAUUGGAGAAAAACCUUUUGAGUGUAAAGAAUGUGGGAAAGCCUUCAGCACUAAGAAAGACCUCAUUCGACACAUCAGCAUCCACGCUGGAGAGAAGCCCUAUGAGUGCAUGGAGUGCGGGAAGGCCUUCAACCGCCAGUCAGGGCUCACGAGGCACCAGCGGAUUCACAGUGGAGAGAAGCCCUAUGAAUGCUUGGAGUGUGGGAAAUCCUUCUGCUGGAGCACCAGUCUCAUCCGACACUCCGUUAUCCACACCGGAGAGAAGCCCUAUGAGUGCAGUGAGUGUGGAAAAGCCUUCAGUCACAGCUCUUCCCUCACUCAGCAUCAGAGGAUUCAUACUGGGAGAAACCCUGUCCGUGUAACCAAAGUGGGAAGACCCUUCACAAGCGGGAAGUCCUCAGUCAACCUCCAAGAGCUCCUGUUGGGGAAAGACUUCUUGAAUGUAACCACUGAGGAAACUUCUUACUCAGAAUCUGAUCGUUCAUACCAAAGAGAAUCCCCUCCGUUUCCUUCCCGAUGAGAAACUCUCUGUUGCAGGACAUCAUUUGUCAUCUGAGGAGUCAGACGGGAAACUUACCCUAUCUGGAGCCUUAUCCUGCAUCUGAGAAUUCAUCCAGGAGUGUGGUCAGUCAUUCUCAUGCACUUAGCAUAACCAUCAGCCACAUCUUUCUCCUCAGUUUACACUGAAAAAUUAUCUCAGGGAUAUUUAAACAAAGGAGGAAAAGACAUAAAAGAGAAAGAAAUGCAAGCCUGGCUUCUCUCAGACUUCUGUUAUAAGCCUGUGGCAGUGUUUUUCCUUAUCUCAUUUGGGAAAGGGGAGGAUGUUGUUUCAGAGUUCACAGAGCCUUGUCCCCUCUUUUUUAUGUAUGUUUCCACUGCUGUCCAUUGUCAGGACAGUUGGACAUUUAACGUGUGCCUUAAAACAUUUAUUGAAAUCCUUUGUUCUGCA